AUGACCAACGUUCACAAAUACAAACCGCGUAUUAUCGAGGUCGCCUUCCUCGGCGACCCACGGAUAGGAAAGUCAAACCUUAUAACAACCUUCACCAGUAACUAUUACUCGGGCGAAUACACAGCCACUUUCGAGUACACUUACACCUCCGAGAUUAUACUCGGAGAUUGCUCUGCCGCCACGAUAUCUCUGCAUGACCUCGGCGGUAGCCCCAACUACGACCAUUUACGCGUCCUAUUCCUUAAUGUCCAUACCAAGAUCAACGCAUUUAUUUUAUGUUUUGAAAUUGGAAACGAUCAGAGUAUAUACAAUAUCAAAACAAAGUGGUGGAACAUCGUGAAACAUGCGGCUAAAGAUGUGCCAAUUGUGGUUGUAGGGUUGAUGGCAGAUAAGGAUCCGGAGGGAGGCUGGUAUGAGGAGAAGGCGAAGGAAAUAAUUCUCGGGGUGGAUAAGAAUAAGAAGAAGAAGAAGAACGAGGAGAUGGGGGAAGGGUUUUCCUACGCGCAGUGCUCAACACUGACAAUGAGGGGGUUUACUGAGGUUUUCGAGCUAAUUAUUAAGACUGCGACUCAAGAUUAG